UCAUGCGUUGCACUGCAUGGGCCGGCCAGCUAUUUCCGGUGCCCGCACGGGAAGCGUAACGCGACACCGACGCGCCCUCGCCACCCCGUCACCCGUUGCGCUGCCUCCCUCCCUAGUCCCUAUCUCUCUCUGCCGUCUGCCCCGAAAGAGGCGGCAACCCCUCCGCGCGGGGUUCUUCUCUCGGUGCUCUGACAGGCGGCGCGGCAGCGAGACGUCGCUCUCUCUCUCACUCCCCGCAUCCUCCUUUUCUUACCCGCGCCGGAGAGACCGAUCGAGAGGCCGAGACCCCCCCCCCCCCCCCCCCCCCCCACAACACUAAAUGAGCUCGCCGACGCCAUUACGUCCCGCCGGCGGCGGCAGUUACUACCCGCUCCACCGGCGGCGCGGGCGACCGGGCCCAGGCCCGGGCGCGGGUUUAAGAAGGCCGCGGGUGCGCCGGUGCAAGAUGAAGCUGAUGUACUUCCUCAUGGACAGGGACGAGCAGCGCGAGAAGCGGCUGGAGCUCGAGUUCGAGGUGUCGGAGCUGGAGACGGUGCUCGAGAAGGAGCAGCAGCUGGGCAGGGUCCUGCAGUGCUCGCUCCAGGGGCGCGUCGUGUGCCAUUGCUGCCUCUCCGCGCUGGUUCCUACCAACGUUAGGGGCCUUUUAGCGGAGCUAGCGGUGGUGGAGGACGAGAUAUUCUACUUGGAGAAGAAGGUGGACGACCUGCGCCUGAGGCUGCGCCGGGAGCAGAAGUGGACGGACCACUGCAUCCUCCACCACCAGCAGCAGCAGCAGCAGCACAACCGCCAGCAACGGCACUCCGUGUCCGUGUCCAGGAGGGAGCUCCAGCUCCAACAAGCAGGCGCCCAGCAGCUACCCAGGCUACCGUGUCCGGGUCCGGGCAGCGACGAGGCUCCCGAACGCGAGAGCAAGGCUUCCGUCGGAUCCGCCUCCGCCAAAGGAGAUGAGACAGAGCACGUCGUCGGCAGGAGGAGCAGCCACUGCCACUCGUCGUCGUCGUCGUCGGAGAACCCGUACCGGCCGACGCCUCCCGAGCGGAAGACGUACUGCAUGGCGAGCAGCCCCAACAGGCUCUCGGAGGAGCUCGUCAGGCUGACGGUGACCAUCUUCCACAAGCUCAACAAGACGGCGACGGCGACGGCGGCGGACGCGGGGGAGCUGGAUCUGGAGCUGGAGCCGAGCGGCGGCGGCGCGUCGUCGUCCAAGCUCAACAUCUCGUGCAUCGGCCCCAGGAGCCUCGUCCCCAGGGUCUCCGCGUCCGUGAACGGCGCCGCGGCGGCGAUGAGCCCGCUCAAGAGCCGGAGAGCGGCGGCCAAGGGCGGCGGCGCGGAGACCGGGUCUGCCGCCGGGUGCCAGAGGAGGUUCGUCGAGUUCACCAGAGGCUCCGUCGACGUCAGCCGCAUCUCACUGUGCCUCGUCGACAUCAAGAACCUGAGGCCUGAUGCAGAAGCUCUGCGCCGUCGACCCCAGCCUUAUGACGAACAAGCAGAAGCUGGCGUUUUGGAUCAACGUCUACAACUUCUGCGUGAUGCAUGUACUGCGUUUCUCCAGCACGGUUUGCCUCCGUCUCCGGAGAAGCUUCUUGCGCUGCUGAAUCAGGCUUCGGUGAACGUCGGCGGAACAGUGCUGAACGUUGUGUCGAUCGAGCACCUCAUCCUGAGGCACUCUCCUGACGCCAAGCAAGGUAUGUAUGUUGAUGAUGAUAAGGGCAUUAUGGGCGACGACGGACAGACGGAUCUGCUGCACUCGUACGGGCUAGGGUAUCCCGAGCCCAACGUCGUCUUCGCGCUGUGCAGAGGCAGCCGCUCCUCGCCAGCACUGCGCGUGUACACGGCGGAGGACGUGUCGAACGAGCUGGAGCGGGCCAAGGUGGAGUACCUGGAGUCUUCGGUGCGCGUCGCCGGCAGGAAGCAGCGCGCCGUCGUGGUGCCCAAGCUGCUGCACUGGCACAUGCGCGACUUCGCCGACGACGCCGCGUCGCUGCUGGAGUGGGUGCACAGCCAGCUGCCCAGGGCGUCGGGGCCGCUCCGCCGGGCCAUCAGGGAGGUCCUGGGCGCCAACAUGGGCAGCGGCAGCAGGGCGCCCACGCCGGCGCCGGCGGCCAAGAUGCUGGAGGUCGAGCCGUACGACGCCGACUUCUGCUACCUGCUGCCCGUCUGGUGAGCGUCAGCGACCGUCCGUGUCCAUGUAAGCAAGGCAUUGCUAGCUGCGCGCCGCGCGGGUCAAGUUCUGCUGUGACCAUUGCUGCAGUGCGAGGUGGUGACGAUGUCGUGCAUGUGAAGCGUGAACUACUUCCGCCGUAUGAUAGUUUUACUACGUACAUUUUUUUGUGCGUUGUGUUGACGUGCAGAAGUAUCAAUCAAUAAGGCCUUGUUCAUAUUCUAUAUGGAUUCGAAAAAUUGCGAAGAAUUUUGACUUGCUA